GCUAACCAGCCAUUUUCCUCAAACUGUCAAAUGUAAAUGUCAAACAAUUCUGAAACAAAUCUCAAGAAUUUUGCGAUAAUUCUCACAAAAGUGUAAGAAAUAUUAGUCAAAUUCUAAUUUACAAUGUCGGAAAAUGGGCACGAUGCGUAAGAAAACUCAAGUGUCGUUCGUGAUCAGAGACGAGGAGGAACGGCGGCAUAAAAAUGGUGUUAGUUCACUGCAGCUUGAUCCAAUACAGGGAAGACUGUAUUCGGCCGGCAGGGAUGGUAUUAUUCGUGUGUGGAGUACUGCGAAUGGAGUCCAAGACCGGUACAUCCAGAGUAUGGAGCACCAUACCGAUUGGGUGAACGAUAUAGUGUUAUGUUGCGGCGGAAAAAACUUAAUUAGCGCAUCGUCGGAUACGACUGUAAAGGUAUGGAAUGCCCCUAAAGGCUUUUGUAUGUCGACGUUACGAACUCAUAAGGACUAUGUACGAACUUUAGCGUACGCUAAGGACAAGGAACAGGUUGCCAGCGCGGGACUUGACAGAGCAAUCUUCCUUUGGGAUGUGAACACAUUGACAGCUUUAACGGCAAGUAAUAAUACUGUAACAACAUCAAGUCUUGUUGGCAACAAGGAGUCCAUAUACAGUUUGGCUAUGAAUCCUCCUGGGACUAUCCUAGUGAGUGGUUCUACAGAGAAAGUACUUCGUGUGUGGGACCCUAGAAACUGUUCAAGACUAAUGAAGUUAAAAGGACACGCUGACAAUGUUAAAGCUUUAGUUGUGAGUAGGGAUGGCACACAGUGUGUAUCAGGCAGCUCUGACGGUACAAUAAAAUUGUGGUCUUUAUCACAGCAACGGUGUGUCUCUACCAUAAGAGUGCAUUCUGAAGCUGUAUGGGCCUUGUUAGCUACAGAAACCUUCUCGCACAUCAUAUCUGGUGGACGAGAUAGGCUAGUCAUUAUAACAGAGUUACGAAACCCUGAUAAUUUUAUGAUAGUAUGUGAAGAAACUGCCCCUAUACUUAAACUAUGCUUUACUGCGGACCAGAGUGGAGUUUGGGUGUCAACGUCUGAAUCCGAUGUCCGUUGCUGGAAACUGCCCCCACUAAAUUCUUUAGACAUGUAUAAUCAAAAUAAUUAUAAUACUAACAAUGUGUACCAAACACAGCCUUUACACAACAUUCCUGGCGGACCUGCAAUCAAACAUUAUACAGUAUUAAAUGACAAAAGACAUGUGGUAACGAAAGAUACCGCUAACAACGUAGCUUUAUAUGAUGUGCUUAAGGCUUGUAAAAUAGAAGAUUUAGGAGAAGUAGAUUAUGAAGAGGAAGUGAAGAAACGAUUCAAGAUGGUUUACGUUCCGAAUUGGUUCAACGUUGACUUGAAGACAGGAAUGUUGACAAUACAUUUAGGUCAGGAUGAGACCGAUUGUUUAAGUGCUUGGGUUAGCGCAAAAGAAGCUGGGUUAACUACGGAGAAUGAUCAGAAGGUGAAUUUCGGAGCUCUAUUGCUGCAGGCCCUCUUGGAUCAUUGGAAUCAUCCGAAUAGAGUGAAUGAGGCGGGACAGAGAGUGAUUGGGAACAAUUACUUUAGUGUACCGCAACACACUCCUCUUAUAUUUAGUGAAGUUGGUGGACGGACUCUGUAUAGAUUGCAAGUUGGUGAUGCGGGUGGAGAAACCGAAGGUAAUCUUUUAGUGGAGACGGUACCAUCCUGGGUGGUGGAUGUGGCAAUAGAGAUGGCGGCUCCCAAACUGAACAAGCUGCCUUUCUAUUUGUUACCACAUUCCAGCUGCCAGAGCAAACAGGAUCGGCAAAAGAAGGACCGCCUAGUAGCAAAUGACUUCAUACAAUGCCGUAAGGUGGCUGAACAUGUGGUAGAGAAGAUAGUCGGAGGUGGUGACGUGAACGGUGCGAGCGCCGGCAGUGGUCGCGCCAGCGCCAAUGAGGAUAGUGGCAACGACGCACCGGAGGAACGCGUUGAGUUGCUGUGCUGUGAUCAGGUGCUGGACCCCAACAUGGACCUCAGGACAGUCCGUCACUUCAUAUGGAAAUCCAAUGUAGAGUUCACACUACACUACAGAGUUCUAAAACAAUGAAACCAACCUAUCUACUCAGAUCAGUUCAGGAAAUACUGCACUUUCCAUUGCAUGUUUAGACAGUGAUAAAGUGUUUAUAGUGAUAUCAGAAAAUAAAGUGCUAAAAGUACCAUUAUCCAGAAAAAAUAGUGUUAAAAGUACUCUAAUCCAGAAAAAAUAGUAUAAAAGCUAUCCAGCAAAAAUAGCAGUUGAAGUAAAAUCAUCCAGAACAAAAUUGUGUUUAAAGUACCGUUAUCCAGCAAAAUUAGUGUUAAAAGUACCAUUAUCCAGAAAAUAGUGUUUAAAGUACCAUUACCCAAAAAAUGUGUUUAAAGUACUGUUGUCCAGCAAAAUUAGUGUUAAAACUACCGUUAGCCAGAAAAAUAAGUGUUAAACUUAUUACUAUGGCUACUAGUGAAGUUCUUCUUUUAAUUUUUUCGGUGUUUUUCAAAGUGUCUUAUGAGUUAUCUGUGCUUCAAUCAAUGUGAGUGAGAAGGAAGAUGGUUAAAAUUAUACAAGAGGGAAUGAGAUAACGAUGUUUGCGGAGUUUUCCUUGCCGUUAUUUUUCUUUGUGGGUUUUUCCAGCUUCUGUUAAUAAAGUACUAUUGUAAUAAGGAUGUUUUGGUAGUCAAACAUUUACAAACAUAUUUUCUACACUUUUCGAAAAAAAAAAAAACAAUUUCAUGUAUUGACUUUUAUGGUAUACCUACUUAGGUUUUGUUUUUCUCUAAAGCCUUUCGAACUAUUGAAUUUGACUCUGAAACAUCCCUAAAGCUUAUUAGAGUGAUAAGGACGGAAGAUAAUGUAUGUGUGAGAGGGAACGAGACAAUGAUAAAGAAAUAAAACAGUGUCAAAGUUAUCAUUCAAUAAUCAUCUGUAUUGACUUAUGUUAAGGUUUAAUAUUCAAUGUGUUAACUAAUAGAUGCAAAAAUGACUCUUAUUGCCAUUGAAUAGUUUAUAUUAUGAAACUUUCACUAGAAAUUUACAACGAAUAACUUAUCUUACUUGCAAUUAAUUCUAAAUUAGGUACCCAUAUAUUGAAGGCAUUAUUGUGACUCUAAAUUUCUUAAUGCUUUUGUAAUAAUAACUACAAAAAUAGAGAUUUUUUCUAAAAGUGUUGAAAGUAUCAAAAGAUAAUGACCAUUUUUCUCCAAUGUUUAUGAUUUAAAAAUAAUGAACACGUAUUUUUUUAUAAUAACUAUCGUGAGAUAUACUAUAUUAACUAAAAUUCGCGGGUUACUCACGUGAAUAUACUGAGAAAAGCUCGAACAGUUCAGUUGCGAGACAUUGCCGCGGCAGCGCACGUUGCUCAUGAGUAAGAACCCCUCUGUGGUUCGAAACUAGUAGAGCUUUUCUCAGUAUAUUCACGUGAGUA